AUGAGCGUGGGAAAUCUGAAAACCUUCCUUCCGGACACGCACUUCGGUCUCUGGCUGGAUCUCUUGGAGAUGGCUAUACUCCCGCGUCAGGGGGGGGAGGAUUUGCUGCUCUCUGGCGCUCGGCAGUUGACCCCAUCGUGCUGGGAUGUCAGGUCCCAUUGCGAAGAGAACAGAUCUCAGAGCUUGUACUACGUUGAUCCCGUCAUCUCUGCAUUUGCACGGUUGGUGGAUUCCUUCCCGCGUGUGGCAGCUUUCCAUUGGGAGGUCAUGCCUUGGAGCUCUCAGCGCCUGAGCUGGCCUCCGCAUGAAGUUGUUGCUGCCGAGCGGUCCUUGGCAGUGCCGCAGCUUCUGCCUCGCCCUCUGCGAGUAUGUGCUUCUGGAUGGGGUCGCUGCGACACCUAUUCACGGGGCACUGGCAACUGCCGAAUAUCGACACAUUCCGCACGCAAGGCAAAAAUAACGAGAGAGCCCCUGCAGCUCGUGCAUGACAACUGUCACGGGGAAGAGUGGGACUCCAGGAGAAAAGCUCGCUUGAUGCUCUGUCCCUUGAAUGCACCUUUGGCUGUUCAACCAGUUUCCAAGUCCGGCUCUCUUUCCGUGGCGCGGUGGAUUUUGCAAAUCGACGCGCCCAAAGCACGUGACCUUGCUUUGAUGGCUUCCACCUGGAGACCCUUUGACGCCAACAAGGAGCGUUAUUUCGACUGGGCUUCUCGCUGGGUAAGAAGAAAGGGGUCGGCUACGAGGGAGCAGCACCCGGAGCAGGAUGCAAAGGACAUGGCCAUGAGAUCCCGCUUCGGCCAAGAAUCCUCUGGCCAGAUCCUGGCAGCCUCUUCCUCGAGUUGCCUGACCUGUUGCCGGCUUGGCAUCGGGCGGCUCAAGGUCAUCUUCGUCCGGAAUCCCUACAAGCGCCUGGCGUCUGCCUACCUUUCCAUCUUCCUGGAUCGCGCGCGACUUGCUGGGGACAUGGUUAUCAACGGUUUCAGAGGCACGAACUCCAGUGUUGAGACCGACUUUGGGUACUUUCUGUGUUUCAUGGCAUCGGCGAUUUUCCCUUACUCCUUGGCUGGGGGCGUGAAUGACAGACUCGGAGUCAGCUUCCUGAUGCCAGGCGGAUCUUGGGCGAGAAUGCACAUGAUGCGGUCAAUGCUUUAUGGCCUCGGAAUCCAUGCCGGCACCUUGUACGAGGAGUUAAACAGAACUGUCCACCUCCACCAGUUCCAUGUAGUUCACUUGGAGAGCAUAGAAGAGGACAUGGGGGAAAUGAAGCGAAGACUGUGCCAGGAGUUCAACUUUUGCAGGCCGCUGCCGCAUCUACAAACGUGGAACUCCAGGUGGGACCGGCUCCAAGCAGGAACAACGUCGACGGGCAGGAAGGCGCGCGGGAGGCGGCGCCAGGCGCUGCCGCUCGACGUGCAGGUCCGAGUGCUGCAGCAGCACCAGAAGCACUUGAUGGACCGCUACCGGCCCGACUUUAUCUUGUUUGGCUACUCAGAGGACCCAAAGAACAUGGACAAAGCGCCUGAGUUUUCGGUGAGCUCUUAG